AGGAUCCAGCUUGGCUGGUGAGUGAGCUGUAAUGCUGAGUAGUCUGCGUCUAUAGAAGUUUGGCUAGAAAACCCAUAUGCAAAGAAGAGCAGUCACCUAAUGCAGAGGCGCCUACCAAACGGCUGGUGGAAUACAGGAAGAAACGGAUCAUGAGAAGUAUGAAAAGUCUUCCCCGGGGGCCGUUCAGGAAGCCGUGGAGGUAGCUUUAGAUGCUGGAUAUCGGCACGUCGACUGUGCUUAUUUUUACCAGAACGAGGCUGAGAUCGGAGCAGCCUUUCAAAAGAAGAUGAGGGAAGGGAGGCUGAAGAGAGAUGAGCUUUAUCUGGUGAGCAAGCUGUAGAUGUGAAGCCGGCUUCCCUGGAAAGCCUGAGGUUGCUGAACCUGGAUUACCUGGAUCUCUAUCUCAUGCACUCUCCAAUGGGCUUUCCGGCGAUGGAGAAGCUGGUGGACGAAGGCCUGGUGAAAUCGGUGGGGGUUUCCAACUUCAACAUCUCCCAGCUGGAGAGGCUGCUGUCCGUGUGCAGGAUCAAACCUGCCGCCAACCAGGUGGAGCUGCACCCCUACUUGACCCAGCCCAAGCUGGUGGAGUACUGCAAGUCUAAGGGGAUUGUCCUCAUUGCAUACAGUCCCUUCGGCUGCCCUGCCCUGCCCUGCAGCAGGAGGCUUUGCUGCCUCCCAGCGGUGCUGGGAAGGCGACUCUCCACCAGCCUCCUGUUUGCAAAGUACUGCCUGUUCGCCGAGAGCAGCAGCCGUUGUUCAGGACUCUCCAAAUCCUCUUCCCUUAGCCCUUCGGGGGAGAACAGCCCUGUGCCUCUCCUGGAGAAUCCCACAGUGAAUGAGAUCGCUCAGAAGCAUGGAAAAACCAGCGCUCAGGUUCUCAUCCGCUUCCACAUUCAGAGGGGCAUCGCCACCAUCCCGAAAAGCAUCACCCCGGCCCGCAUCGUGGAGAACGCAGAGGUAUACGACUUUCACCUGACACGCAAAGAAAUCCCGACACUGGAAGGACUAGACUACAACACGCGAUUUAUUAAAUAGAACCUGCUGGGGAUGGAGACACACAAACACAUUUCCCAUUCGGUGACAAGUAACUAUUGCGGCCUAAAGAAAUGGCAAGUCAAUCCUGGAAGAUCCGGUUCCCAGUAAAUCAACUGCAUGUAUUGGCAAGCAUUUGAAAUGAUCCAUAUCAGCCUCUCAAAAUCCUUAUGAAAACAUACUAGGCAAGGUAAACUAAAAUCUACUUGCCUACCUGUACACUAGGGCUACAACUAAUUACGUUUUAUUUCCCAUUUUAAAUGAGAAUGGAGGAGAAGAAUUUUACAAGGGUGAUUUUAAAUACUUGCUCAGCAAAGGGUAAGGGGGGAAUCUUGAUAAGCUAUUUGUUCUCUGGAGACAGUUUCUAGAUAUGGGGGUAAAGGAUUAGACCCUUCUGUAAUGUUCCCCUGAUUUUCUUUCAGUAACACAAUAAAAACCAGCUUCCCAAUGACAGCAUUUAGCAUUCCUGGGGCUCCGGUUCAUGUAUUCAUUUUUCAGGGGACUUUUAUCAUGCACUGAACAUACUGGGAUUUUGUUAAAUAGCAGACUGUACCAACAUGCCUUUAACUUGAUGCAACAUGGGAUUUGUAGUCUCCCAUUCAAAAACUUCAGCAAUGUAAGUACUUCAGCUAUAUUCUGCACUGCCAUGAGUAGUAUACUGCUUGAUAGCAUUCAUCACCAUGCAUUUUUGACAGGUUUCCGCAUCCCAUUUAGGGCUUAUGUCCCACUCUCCCACCCCGUUUCCGUUGGCGCCAAAGUUUGGCGCUGUCAGCCAUUUUGAAAAAAAUUGUCUCUGUGUGUGGUUAUUUGACUAGGGGAAGUGUUGUGUAUCCAAGCACAAACACACAUUGAGAGAAAAAGUUUGAAAGAAGAGAGUGAGAGAGUUUAAAGAUGAAAAAAGAAAGUUUGAGUAAGGUUUAGAGGAAAAAAAGGUAAGAAAGGUUAUUGGAUGUGAUUGAGUAAGGAGAGAGGAUGGUAAAGACCUAGUUUAGUAGGUUAUUUAAGAAUAGAAAGAUAGAACUUAAAGAAAAAAGGAAUUUUUUGUUUUUAAAGGGUUAGUUUAAGAAAAGAGUUAAAUAAUGUUAAAAACUAGGUUUAAAAAGAACCUAUAUAGCCAAAAAAGGGAAUUUAUUAAGGCUAGCUUGUUUAGUAAGCCCUAGCCAAAAACUAUAAAGGGUGGCUCAGAAAAACACAAUUAAACUAUUCAAUACCAGUGUAGGUUAAGAAAAAAGCUUUUAAAAACAUUAAAAACUAGGUUUAAGAAAGGAAUUUACUAAGGCAAAGCCUGUUUGGUAAGCACAUGGUAAAAAAGUGAAUAAAAAAUGCAUUUAAACUAUUCAAUACCAGUGUAGGUUAAGAAAAAAGAGAGGCUAAAAGAAAGAACAGGACAAAAAAAAGCACAUGGUGGAAUUAGAAUGAGAUAG